AGCCAAUUUUUCGCAAUUCAACCUCGAAAUAAUAUCAACCCGACGACAACCUCUAAUUCGACAAAUUACAUUUUCGACCCUUUCAGCAUACCGGAAGAAACACCGUCGAGAUGGCAAAGAUUUCGUGAGUCUGCUUUUUACACAAUUAUAGCGGAGGGUGGGGUCGAUUGGGCAAAAGAAAUGCGCGGAACUUCAGCGAGGGGAAUGAGUGAAAGGAAUUAAAUUUGGGAGGGGCCAUUGAGAAUGGGGAUUGAAGUGUUAAGGCUAUAUAACAGGAUUUGGAAAGCCGACCGGAUUGAAAGCUAAUGUGAUGUUCUUCAUAGACGUGGAGCCCCUGGUGGCAAGCUUAAGAUGACUCUCGGUCUCCCAGUGUGAGUUUUACUCCAGAUCUCACGCCCAACAAUCUGCGAUACCGAACACACGACAACGAUAUUAUUUCUGAUUCUGCGAACCUAUCCUUAUUCAAAUUCGCAAUACGAUGAAGCUCAAAAUACUAACUAGAAAAUAGCGGAGCCGUCAUGAACUGCUGCGACAACUCCGGUGCCCGUAACUUGUACAUCAUUUCCGUCAAGGGUAUCGGUGCCCGUCUUAACCGUCUCCCAGCCGGUGGUGUCGGUGAUAUGGUUAUGGCAACCGUCAAGAAGGGAAAGCCAGAAUUAAGAAAAAAGGUUAUGCCAGCUGUUAUCGUUAGACAGUCAAAGCCAUGGAAGAGAACCGAUGGUGUUUUCUUGUACUUCGAGGACAACGCUGGUGUUGUAAGUACAGGAUUUUAUUCUUUCAUAUUCGGGCGGGUUGUGGGUGGUGAACGAGUUAAGGGAAUGGCUUUUCAUGAGGAUUUCGCAAACGAUGGAGGCUGGAGAAUAAAAUUAUACAAUUUCAGACAUGAGGGUAGAAUAAUGGCUGACAAAUUUUCCACAGAUUGUCAACCCCAAGGGAGAGAUGAAGGGAUCCGCCAUCACUGGACCAGUCGGAAAGGAAGCUGCUGAAUUAUGGCCAGUAAGUUCCAACGUCCCAACAUCCAACUUCCCUACCCUUCAUUCUCGGAAACUAACUAUACCUACUCAGCGUAUUGCCAGUAACUCUGGUGUCGUUAUGUAAAGAGGCUGUUAUUUUUUCGGGGUUCUUAACGUCAAAUGGAAGGAAGUCAUGGAUGAAUGGGAGGGCGUUGCAUCGUUGCUUCUUAAGCCUACUUCACUUACAUACCUAAAGACCUGGCGGUCGAUUAUGAAAAAUUGAUUCAGCUUCCUACCAAUACUACGAAACUAUGGACGAAUUUGUGAUGAUGUACUUAUGAUUGAGUUGGAACUGGAAGGCUGCAGGUGACACCAGAUUCAGAUGCGAAUAGAGUUGGAUGAAAUCACAGGACGAUAUUCGAGUGUCGAUAGUGUGAAAGAUGGGCCAGUGUCAAUUUCGGUUCAAAAGUUUUAGGAAUA